GUCUCUGGUCUGGUGUAGGUGGGUGCUACAUGGCUAAGUAACCAAAUGUUUCCCAGCAGAACAUGGUCUAUCUUAUUAACUUCUCCAGACAGUGGUUGUAAUAUGUUAUGCGCGCUCAUCAGCUAAUCACCAGCUCGUAGCGCACAGGUGUCAGUGAAGCCUCCCCGGAAUGAACCUGUCACUAUUGUGUGAGGACGAGACAAAGAGCAUGUCCUCUUUCCAGCACCCUGUUCCGGGCAACAUACCAGCGAUGCCUCUGUGCAUGAAUGAUGACAGCAGUCAGCAGCUACACGUUUGUUCGCUCGCGCUUCCAGCGGUUUCAUGGCUCGUCCUGCGCCUCUCUAACAAGUUUGCCAUUAAUGCUUAAAUGGUGGAGUGUUCAGGAAUAUAACGCGUGGACUCCGCUCUAAGUGUGCGGGGUGUGUGGGUGUGUGAUUUUACACCUCGGAGGAGGGAGGGGAGAUCUCAUUUUUCACGGUGGCAGUCGGGAAGUUUGAAGGAAUUUACGCACAAGCUCCUCUUCAUCCAGAAUCCAUAUCCAUCUCGGGAUAUUUGGAGGUAAUUAACACGGCAUGGCAGAUGAACUCCUCGACGAGGACUUCCCGGAUCUAAAAGAACUGGAAAAUAAGAUUGGUAGGAAAACACCGGAGAGUCUUGUGAUUUGGCUGAGGGAUGCUGCGAACUGCGAAGAUGGAUGGAAGUCGGAUGUGAACUCGAGGGGAGACAACGGCUCCGCCUUCCCCGACAGUUUCUGCGACAAAAUUAACAACUUAAAACAAGAGAUGAGAUGGCUCCGUUCCACUGAUGUGAGGAUUCUGCGGCAGCUGGUGGCCGUGAAUGAGGGCAUCGAGACCAUGCGCUGGCUGAUGGAGGAGCGGGGGGCCUUGGCCAGCCGUGGCAGCAGUUUAACGGGAAGUCUGAGCAGUCUGGCCACAAGUGAGGAGUGUGGGCAGUCAGUGUCUCCCAGAGAAUACCCAAGUCCAACUGGCCUUGAGGAUUUGGCUGAAACCACUAGUGAGGAAUCAGCAGAUCAAACGCCACCACCACACACUGACCGUGGCGGCUCACACCAAGACAGCUCCACGAAGGCUUAUGAACCAAGACCUCUGAGUCCUUCCACCUCCAGGUUCAUAGAUGAUCACUCCACUCGUGACAGUCAUGACCUGGCAUCAAUUAAUCCUGCCAACGGUUUGGAUGAUGCCGAUGUACCAAAGUCACAGUCACAAGACUCAGAUGUUGCAGCGCACCGUAGAGUCAUCAAAACUCGUGGUAACACCAUCUGGAGAGCUCUGCUCAGGUCCAACAGACCAAGAAGGCAAUUAAAGGAGGUUAUUGAUAGUUUUGCCCUCACUCACUCACAACAAGGAGACACGAGCACAGUUUGCAAAGCUGAGGAGAGUUUUACAGCAUCUCACACAAAUACGACGGAAGAGGAAGAGAGUGCACCCGGUGGAGAGGCUUUGCUGGGCUACGAUGCUCAGUGGUGCUGGGUGAACUCACAGGACGAUGUGACAUUUUUAUGAUCCACUGUAAGCACAAUUUAAAUUUACAAACUUUGCUUUAAAACUAUUCUGGCAAGCAGUCAACUGUCAGUAAAACAGUGGAAUUUAAAAUGCACAAUAAGUCACAAUAAGAUUCUUGAUGUUUUCUGAUGAAUGUUUGUCUCUGCGUCACUACCUGCUUGGAGUUGUGAAGAGAAAAUGUUUUAAUUACAAUUGUUAAGAAAAUGUAUUUAAUAUGAAAACGCUUUACUUGAAUUUUAGAGAUGCUAAUUAUAAACAUGAGUUUUUUUUGAUAUAUUGUUUUGUUUUAAUACAUGGGUCAUCCUUCUGUUAAUAUCUGAUUGUGAUGAUGUUCAUUUGACAUUGUUUUUCUUAUUAAACAAGAAUGCUCGUUCAUUGCUAAGACUUAUUUUUGCAUAUAUUGUCCAGUUUCAUUUAAACCUCCCACCAUAAUGGAUACAAUGUAACAAAUGUAACAUGCAAUACAAUGUAUUGCAAUGUAACAUGUUUUUUGUUUUUAAAGAUGUUGAUUUUUUUUCAGGUUGUUCUGCAUUGAUGAGCCGGUUUUUGACAAUAAAGACAAUAAAGGUUAUUUAGUGAGGAACCUGAUUUCCUCUUGGCAGGAGUGUAA